GCAAGCCCCAGCGGCGACUCUGCAGCGGGGCGCGGUGGGCGCUCCACCUCGAGGCUCUUUCUCUCCCGACCACCCGCCACCUCGUGUCUGGGGAGGUCGCGACACUCCGUGAGGAGCGCGGCGGCUCAGAGGGCGGAUCCAAGGCCACCUCCAUGUGACACAGCACUCACUGGCCGGAAGUGGAAACCUGAGAACCGGAAAUCAUUUUUGUCUCUGAGAGCAGAGGCGUGAGAGCCGGCAUGAAUGGUCAUAUGUCUAACCCUCCCAGUGGUUAUGGAGUCUACCCUUCCCAGAUGAAUGGCUACGGAUCUUCACCACCCUUUUCCCAGAUGGAUAGAGAACAUAGUUCAAAACCAAGUGCAAAGGCCCUUUAUGAGCAAAGGAAGAACUAUGCCCGAGACAGCGUCAGCAGCGUAUCAGAUGUGUCCCAGUACCGAGUGGAGCACCUGACCACCUUUGUGCUGGACCGGAAAGAUGCUAUGAUAACUGUCGAUGACGGAAUAAGGAAGUUGAAGUUGCUUGAUGCCAAGGGCAAAGUGUGGACUCAAGAUAUGAUUCUUCAAGUGGACGACCGGGCUGUGAGUCUGAUUGACUUAGAAUCCAAGAAUGAAUUGGAGAAUUUUCCUUUAAACACAAUCCAGCAUUGCCAAGCUGUGGUGCAUUCAUGCAGCUAUGAUUCCAUUCUUGCCUUGGUGUGUAAAGAACCAACCCAGAACAAGCCAGAUCUUCAUCUCUUCCAGUGUGAUGAAGUUAAGGCCAACCUCAUUAGUGAGGAUAUUGAGAGUGCAAUCAGCGACAGUAAGGGCGGGAAACAGAAGAGGCGGCCGGAGGCGCUGAGGAUGAUUGCCAACGCAGAGCCGGGCAUCCCCCCUCCUCCCCGGGCUCCUGCCCCUGCCCCUCCAGGGACUGUCACACAGGUGGACGUUAGAAGCCGGGUGGCAGCUUGGUCUGCCUGGGCAGCUGACCAGGGUGACUUUGAGAAACCCCGGCAUUAUCACGAGCAAGAAGAGACUCCUGAGAUGGUGGCAGCCCGGAUUGACAGGGAUGUGGGUGUUUUGACGCUGAGGGCAAAACCCCCACCUCCUGAUGAAUUUGUUGACUGUUUCCAGAAGUUUAAACAUGGAUUCAACCUUCUGGCCAAGCUGAAGUCUCAUAUCCAGAACCCGAGUGCUUCAGAUCUGGUUCACUUCUUGUUUACUCCACUGAAUAUGGUGGUCCAGGCAACAGGCGGUCCUGAACUGGCCAGUUCAGUACUCAGCCCACUGUUGACUAAAGAUACAGUUGAUUUUUUAAACUACACAGUCACUGCAGAUGAACGGCAGCUGUGGAUGUCACUGGGCGAGACUUGGCUGAAAGUCAGAGCAGAGUGGCCGAAAGAACAGUUCAUCCCGCCUUACGUUCCAAGGUUCCGCAAUGGUUGGGAGCCCCCGAUGCUGAACUUCCUGGGCGCUCCCACGGAGCAGGACAUGUACCAGCUGGCCGAGUCCGUGGCUAAUGCAGCAGAGCACCAGCGCAAACAGGACAGCAAGCGACUGUCCACAGAGCAUUCCAGUGUGUCCGACUACUCUCCAUCUGAUGGGUACGCGUUCAAUAGCAGCAUGUACAACAGAGGGCCACAUCUGGACCAAGGGGAGGCCGCCGUGGCUUUCAAGUCAACUCCUAAUCGCCAUGUAGAUAGAAGUUAUGACUCAGUCAAAACACAAACCAAGAAAUACGCCAAAUCCAAGUAUGACUUCGUGGCGAGGAACAGCAGUGAGCUCUCAGUUCUGAAAGAUGACGUCUUAGAGAUACUGGAUGACAGGAAACAGUGGUGGAAAGUCCGGAACGCCAGUGGAGACUCUGGGUUUGUGCCAAAUAACAUUCUGGAUAUCGUGAGACCCCCGGAGUCUGGAGUGGGGCGUGCUGAUCCACCAUACACACAUACCAUACAGAAACAAAGGAUGGAAUAUGGUCCAAGACCAGCUGAUGCUCCUUCUGCCCCAUCACCCCCUCCAACACCAGCACCCGUUCCGGUCCCCCUUCCACCUUCUGCACCAGCACCCGUUCCUGUGCCCAAAGUUCCAGCAAAUGUCACCCGUCAGAACAGCAGCUCCAGCGACAGCGGGGGCAGCAUCGUGCGAGACAGCCAGAGAUACAAACAACUCCCAGUGGACCGAAGGAAGUCUCAGAUGGAAGAGGUACAGGAUGAACUCUUCCAGAGGCUCACCAUCGGGCGCAGCGCUGCACAGAGGAAGUUCCACGUGCCACGGCAGAAUGUUCCGGUGGUCAAUAUCACUUACGACUCCACACCAGAGGAAGUAAAGACGUGGCUGCAGUCGAAAGGAUUCAACCCUGUGACUGUCAAUAGCCUUGGGGUGCUGAACGGAGCACAGCUCUUUUCUCUCAAUAAGGAUGAACUGAGGUCCGUCUGCCCUGAAGGUGCCAGAGUCUUCAGCCAAAUCACUGUGCAGAAGGCUGCUUUGGAGGACAGUAACGGAAGCUCUGAGUUACAGGAAAUCAUGCGUCGACGUCAGGAGAAGAUCAGCGCUGCCGCCAGCGACUCGGGGGUGGAGUCUUUUGAUGAAGGAAGCAGCCACUGAUCUGUUGAGCUCCAUGAUUCUUGGCAUUGUUGGACAAGCUUUGUUUAAGAAGCCUUGAGGGAAUGUCAAAUCCAUUGUCCUGGUGUAUGUAAAUUAUCGCCAUGAAGGGAAACAGUGGAUGCCUGAGUGAGCAGAGGCCGCGCUGCUUCUUUGACUGUUGUUUUGACUAAAAACUGAGAAGUGGGCAGGUGAUCUUGUUCAGCAAGUCAAGGUACUUGCUGCCAAGCCCAAUGACCUGAGUUCAAGUCCCUGGACCUACGUGGUAGAAGGAGAAAGCUAGCUUUUCCAAGUUGUCUUCUGACCACCAUUCGUAAAUAAACAAAUAACAUGUAAUUAAAAUAAUUUUACAGUUAAUUAAAAAGAAAAAUAUUAGACUGAUUUGACCUUGGGAAACAUUUUUUUCCACUUUCCUAAGGCGCACUUCCCUUUGCUCCAUUAAUUAUCUCAGCCUCCUUUGGUGAUCUGUGUUGGGUUGUUUUGACAAUGGAAAAUGUAUUCAUUGCAACAAGGAAAAGCUAUGGCCAUUGAUGACUAAGUCUGCCGGCUCAGCUUUCUGUGACUGAGAUGCCUGUCAUCCAGGGAGGAGGCUCAGCGACACUACCCUCUGCUCACUUUAGACCUCUCCUCUGAUGUACCUAAUGACAGUGUAUUUAUGUUUAUUUAAAGUUCUUAAUGCCAACAGCUUAAAAAAAAUCACAUUUGAAUGAAUUGUACAAUGUAGCCAGACCUUGACCAUGCAAAUAGGAGACUCUAGUACCUUCUCAAGAUGUUUUGUUCCUCGAAGCUCUGUCAGUCGCAAAAUCUUGCAUAGAUUACGCUGUGAUUUAGUUUAUAUUCUGCUUAUUGUGUAUACUGUGUAAGUACAUAUGAGGAAGCACAAGUCGGGUCACUUACACGCAGUCAGUCAAACCAAGUAGCCCACCUUGGUGUUUAUGACAGUAUUUUGCUUAAUGAAGGGCUCAGUUAUAAAUAUUGAUAUAAGUAGUAAAAGGAUAUUGGGCCAUUUUAUGUGUUUUAUCUGUGUAACAAGGGACACUUAAUUUACAUGUACUUUAACCCCAUGAAAGAAUCUAGAUAGAGAGAAGAAAAAUAGCUAACCUUCAACAAAUGUUAUUUUUGGAAACACAAUUUUGUCAUUAAAUGUAAUAUUAUUUCACAUAUAUAAAGAAGAUGUUAUGUAAGAAUGUUGUAUAUUUUAACAUAAAUCCAUUUAGAGAGAAUAUCUAGACUCAUUAAUUUUUCAUAGUGCCUUUUUCACUUGAGUCAGCUGGAAAGAGUCUGCAAUAAACAGUAUUUGCUGUAUAUUAAUAAAUAGCUUCUAUCUCAUCAA